CCACUUUUAAGCAGAAUAAAUCUUCAUGGUGUAAUAACACAAAGUAUGAUUGAAGAUGCUGAAAAAUCUGUUAAUGAUUACAUGAGGGAUUCUCGUAGAGACAAGGGAAAAACACUAAAAAAACAGUAUAAAAAGCUUAUGUGUGAGAUGGGGUCACUGUUUUAUAAACGACCACAACUUGAAAAAAUAUGCAAAGAUAGAGAGAGUGAACUUGUUCUUUCAUGCUUUACUAAAUAUAAGUUCAAGGCAACUGAUGAUGAUGAUGAAAAGCCAAAUGAUCUAAUAUAUAUAUUAAAUUGCUUUGGUUACAAUUUAACAAGCCUAAAUGUAGACAAUUAUCCUUUUUCUAAAGUAAUGCCAUUGAUUAAUAACAACUGUCCAGGUCUUAAGGAACUUGUUGUAGAAUUUGAAGAAAUAAAUGAUCAAGAUUUCGAAAAUGUUUUUUCUAAUAUGCAUAAACUUGAAAAGUUGAUGAUUACAUGGGAUUGUGGAAAAUUAACUCUACCAAUGACUUUGGUCAAGACAUUAGAACAAGUUGGUGGAACCUUGAAAAAGUUAUAUCUUUUAUGUAGAUCAAAGGAUGAGGUUUUCUUACCAGAUUCAUGGGCUUCGAUGUCCUCUCAAUUAAUCGCUUUGGAACGUUUAAAUUUAUAUGGUUUUCAAUUGAGUCAAACAUUAAUCGACUCGAUAGGUGAAAUACCAAAUUUAACUAAUCUAGAAACAUUUCCACGAGAUGAUUAUCCAAUGGAUAAUAAAAAAAUCAAUAUGUCUCCAAUUGUCAAUUUAAAACAUCUUGAAGGGUUUAAUAUUAAUUGGGAUUGGGGUGUUACAGAUGAAUUUUUAAUUAAUCUCUGUAAUAAUUCAAAGAAAUUACAAAAUUUACGUUUUCUCGGUACAAAUAUAACUGAUAAUGGUAUGAGUGCACUCAAUAAUUUGAGUGAAUUAAAAAGGUUCAGUCUGAAGUUAAAUUGUCUUGGUUCAGGUAGUACAGAAAAAACAAAUAAGUAUAUCACUGAUGAAUCAAUUGAAUGUUUAUUUAAUGAAAAAUUGAUGUCUUUAAAUUUAUCAAAUUGCACCAAAAUUUCUAAUAGAUCAGUGAUAAAAGCUUUUGAAAAUUUACCAAAUUUAUCAUAUUUAUCCGUCGAAAAUACAAAUGUUACUAUUAAAGUUGUUGAAGAAUUAUCUAAAUUAAUAAAAUUUCAUGAGAAGAAACUACAUGUAUAUGUUUCUUUUGAAGAUUGUAAUGGUAUUUUCAAGUCAUUAAUGGAAUCACAUAAUGUUGAAUUCACGGAAACAUCUUCUUAA